AUGGCUGAAAAUAAUAAAGCUAGGUUGCAAGCUCAAGGCCCAAAAGAUCCAACAAGAAAACAACCCAUCACAAUAGUGGAAGAUGCAUUUGAAGAGCAAACUGGGGCUCCGAAGAAGAAAAAGAAGGUCCAACCAAACUCACUAUUUCAAGAAUGCGAGGGUAUUGGGAAUAAUUCAAAGGCUGUUGAAAAGAACCCCCAAAGUGGGAAUGAGGCAAUGUUUCAACCUGAAAAGAACUCGAAAACUGGGAAUAAAAAAACUGUUCAAGAUGAUACAAUGGAUGAAGAUGAUGCAAGUUCUAAUGAGGAGGGAGAAGAUACAAGUGGGCUGAGCAUAGAAUCAAACAAAAAGGGAAUGAGUAUUGACAUGUAUUUUAAGGUGCAUGGGAUUAAUUUCGAAGACGAGGAAGAUGAGGAAGAUGAGGAACAUGAGGAAGAUGCUGCAAAUAUUGAGGGUAGUGGAGGACAAGCUAGUAAUGAAGUUAGAAAUCCCCGUUUUGUGACUUUGCUAUACACUAGUUGGCAUGGAGUUCCUGAUAAUAUCAAGGAGGGCAUGUGGGAAUACGCCAAUCAAAAGUUUAUUCUUCCAAUAAGUUCAAAGCCGUGGGUCAUGCGGGGAUUUUGUCGUGCAUGGAAAAAAUACAAGGGUGAAAUUAAAAAAGAACAUUUCUUAAAGUACAACACGAAGAAAGAAAUGAUAAAGAACCGGCCAUUAGAGAUUCCUGAAUUUCAGUUUCGCAAGCUAAUUCGGUAUUGGAGUCUUCCUGCUAUCAAGGCUAUGUCUGUUAAGAAUACUGAAAAUAGGUCAAAGCAAACAUGUCCACACCGAAUGGGUUCCACAAAUUUUGCAAUAGUGCGCAAGCAGCUGCGUGACUCUAAAGAGAACAACGAAGAGCCAUCAAGGGCUGAAGUUUUCACAGCAACACGCACAAGUAAAAAUGGAAAAGAAAUUGAUGCUAAAACACAAACAACAAUUAAUGAACUUCAAAGCCGCAUAGAGGCAGGGGAAAAUCAUGAGGAUGCAUUUGUAGCAGUGCUAGGAAAGGACCAACCAGGUCGACUCCGUUGUUAUGGGACUUCAAUUACAAAAAGCUCUCUUAGAAAGGAUGAGGAGAUUCGCCAAGUGAAGGUUGAAUAUAAUGAUAAGGUGCAUUCACUAGAAAAGAAGAUGGACGGUGUUUGUGGUCUAUUAAAGGUGAUGUUGCACCAACUCAAUCCUGGAAUGAGUGAGGAAGAGGUAGCAGCCUUGGUGCAAGCAGCCCAAAAUUCUCCUUUGGAUGCCUCAAGUAGUAGACCAAGAAAUACUCCCCACUCCUCCGAAGCAACUCACAUUCCACCGUCUGAUAAUCUGAAUUGA